AUGGCGAACAAUAUGAGAAAGAGAUUGGCUUAUGUCUGGUUUAUGAAGUUAAAGCGAAAAAGGGAUAUCGUGCAGAAUACAUGGCCAGAAUGUGCUUAUUCAUCACGAAUACCUCGAGAUAAAAUACACAAACGUCGACUUUUGUUUGUUGAAGCUAUAUUAGCAUAUUUACAUCGUCCACGAAUUAGGGAUUUGUGGAUGCACCCACGAUCGUUAAUAUGGUUUGACAUGGUUGAUGAAACAUUUUGUGACGAGCUAUGGUAUGCUAAUUUUCGAGUGAGAAAACAAACUUUUUCAUUAAUCCUCGAGAAAGUUGAGCGAGAUAUAUGUCGUAUCAGUACACCUAUGCGUAUAGCUGUUUCUGCCAGGCGACGACUUGCCUUAACAUUAUAUUUCCUGGCCUCCACUGCCGAGUAUAGGACGAUCGGGAAUCUAUUUGGUGUAUCGCGAUCAUUUACGUGCCAGUGUGUAAAAGAAGUGUGCUGCGCGAUAAUAAAGCAGUUUCCAAAGGCUAUCACUUUCCCGAAAGGAGAUGAAUUACAUCAAGUUCUUCAGGGUUAUGAAGAAAGGUGGGGGUUCCCCAUGUGCGCCGGUGCAAUCGAUGGCACACACAUACCAAUACUGGCACCUACGGAUAAUCACGUAGAAUAUGUCAACCGUAAAGGUUUUCACAGCGUUCUCAUGCAAGCAGUAACUGAUUGCAAUUAUUUAUUUCGGGAUGUUGUGAUUGGGUGGCCUGGAAGCGUGCAUGAUGCUCGAGUUUUUUCAAAUUCCACAAUUUUUAGAAGGGGAAAUGAGCAACAACUUUUCCCCCGCGAUCUUGUAAAGGAAAUUUGUGGAGUGGACAUACCACCAUUUCUUGUGGGUGAUCCAGCGUACCCCCUCCUUCCAUGGUUACUUAAGGGAUAUCCUAGAAACGAGGCUUCCGAAAACCAGCGAAAGUUUAAUUACCAACUUAGCCGCGCACGAAUGACAGUGGAAAAUACAUUCGGUCGAUGGAAAGGUAGAUUCCCCAGGUUUCAUAAACGAGUUGAUAUGGAAGUACCUUCAUUAAUAGAGGUUGUUCAUGCAUCUUGCGUUUUACAUAACAUUUGUGAAAUUCGGAAAGAUGACUUUUUGCCCAACUGGGAGGAGCCCAACGUUUUUGAAGAGCAAAUUGUGGCAUUUGAUGAGAUUGAUGCACCUGAUGUCGAGAGGAUUCGCAGUGCUUUGACCGAGCAUUUCUCUUAA